AUCUCCAUAUUAAUAACACCAAUAUUCUGCUAACCAAACUGUUCAAUCUUCCCUUAUAAAUAACUCACCCACCACCUUUCAGUAAUAAACAUCUCUUCACUUCAAUCCUUCUCAUCGAGUCGUUUCAUCUCUUUGGCACAAAUAUUUAUUUAUAUUUAAUAUCAUCAAAAAAAAUCAUGGGGUCCUUUGAAAAAUUCAUGGUGGUCAUGUUGGUUGCAGCUGCUGCUGGUUUCAUCUCUGUUUCUGCAGAUCCUGACUUGCUUCAAGAUGUUUGUGUAGCUGAUCUUAGCUCAGGUGUGAAAAUGAAUGGAUAUGCCUGCAAAGAGAAUUUCACAGCUGAUGAUUUCUUCUUCGCGGGUUUGUCUAAGCCAGGACUCACCAACAACACAUUCGGCUCAGUGGUGACCGGAGCUAAUGUGCAAAAGAUCCCCGGCCUAAACACACUUGGUGUCUCAUUCUCGCGUAUUGACUACGCCCCGGGUGGCCUAAACCCCCCUCACACCCACCCUCGUGCCACUGAAAUUGCUUUCGUGCUCGAAGGAGAACUGGAGGUUGGAUUCAUUACCACAACAAAUACCCUCUUCACCAAAACCAUCAAAAAGGGUGAAAUAUUCGUGUUUCCUAAAGCACUUGUCCACUUUCAAAAGAACAACGGCAAGGUUCCUGCUGCAGUCAUUGUUGCAUUCAACAGUCAGUUGCCAGGUACGCAGUCCCUUGGUGCCACAUUGUUCGCGGCAUCCCCAGAAGUACCCGAUUAUGUGUUGUCACAAGCCUUCCAUAUCGGCAGCACCAAACAGGUUGAGAAAAUUAAGUCAAGAUUUGCCCCCAAGAAGUAGUUUGGUAACAUUGCAUAUACAAACCAGGGUUGAUUUUCAUUAAUACUGAUUUCUGAAGUGAUUUGAUAUGUUUGGGUCGAGGAUUACUCGAAUUUCUUGUCUUUAAGAUUCCAAAAUUUGUUCA